AUGCACUGCAGCGGGCUUCCCUUCGAGACCGUCUCCUCAGUGGCUAAGUGGGCUGCGGACGUCCGAAAGGCAGCGGAGACGGAUCGCAAGUUCACGCAGUUCCUGCCGCUGAUACCCCUGCUGGAGGGAAUCCCUGAAAGGCAGUUCCCCAGCUUUGCGACGGAACGUACGCGCCACGAACUAGAGAUGGCGGGAGCCAGAUUGCCGACGCUCCUGGGUGCCGAUAAAGUGAAGCUACUCUUGCGAGCGGUUGCGUGA